AUGGAAUCGAUCACCGCGAAACGGAAUUCGCUCUUUGCGAAAGUGAAACGCGAACUCGAAACCGCGGAACGAGUGAAGACGCAAAACCCCUCACUCUCUGAGGUCCGGGAGCGUCUGGUGCGCCUCGAGGCGCUGGGGAACAGUUUCUUCGACGUCCAGGACCAGUUCGAGGACGGAACCUCAGCGACCACCCUGGAAAAUCUAGUCUCGGUCUUCGACUACCGGAAGGAGUUUGAAGAUCGGUACUAUGCAGCGAAGGCGAUCUACGCUGCCCUCGACGAAGGUUCCGGCGCCAGCGAUCGAUCGUUCGCUGAGCCGGCGAACAACCUGAAAACUGCGGUAGCGGCGCUGUUGGAAACGCAACGAGCGCUCCUGUCCAACCAAGCGGCCCACGCAGCCCAGCUGAACCAGAUUCAGCAAGGAAACCCACCUCCAGCAGGACAACCAGCUCAAGCACAACCGGAUCCCUUCAUCAACGUCCGGCUUCCUCCAAUCAACAUCCCGAAGUACGCGGGAGUCCGGAAAGAAUGGCUUUCGUUCAAGGAUCUGUUCGUCAGCACCAUCUACAGCAAGGAGUCGCUGCGGCCGUCGCAGAAGCUGCACUCAUUCGGCAUCUCGGAUGACAACUACCCGCUGGCGUGGGACAAGCUGCUGAGGAAGUACGACCAGAAGAAGUACACCGUGUUCGCGCUUGUGAAGGAAUUCCUGGACCAACCUGUCGUGUCAGACGCAACCGCUGGCAACCUCCAGAAGCUGGUCACGACCUCGGACGAGGUAGUUCGACAGCUCGACGUCUUGGGCGAGCAGUACCAGUCGCGGGACCCCUGGCUGAUCCAGCUGCUCCUGGAGAAGAUUGACGAGGAGACGCAGGCGCUCUGGGCGCAAAAACUCGUCACUUUGGAGAACCCGAGCCUCACGGACUUCCUGAAGUUCCUUGAGGACCGGUGCGACGCCAUCGAAACCUGCUCAUCAUUCACACGAAAGUGCACCUUGAGUGGAGCGGGGGCGAAGAAGGAGAUACGAAAGCAGCCGGCCAAGCCAGCUGAGAAGAAGGUGCAGAGCUACGUCGCAACACCGCAGCCCUGCCCAAAGUGUUCCAAAGAGCACUUGCUGUUCCUGUGCGAAGCGUUCAAGGCGUCCAGCGUCGCCGACCGUCGGGAGUUGGUGCAGAAGUCCAGACUUUGCUUCAACUGCCUGAGGACGUCGCACACGGCAAAAACCUGUUCCUCGAAGCACACCUGCAAGACUGAUGGAUGCAACCAGCGUCAUCAUACGCUCCUCUGUCAACACGGCGGCAGACAGGCAGCUACCGCAGGGCUUCCGGGUCAACAGAUAGCAGCGAUGCCGGUCCAGCAACCGGCCAUGGAAGCUCAACCCACGGUUCCGAGUUUCAAGGCGGAGGUCACUAGUGAUCCAGCCGUCAAGAUCACCGUUCUACCCACUGCGCUCGUCAAGCUGCGCGGUAAGAAUGGUGUCUUCCACACUGCUAGGGCGAUGAUAGACUCGUGCUCUGGCGCGUCGCUGAUAAGCGAGGCCUGCAUGACGCGACUCGGGAUCAGCCGGAGCAACGCGCGGUUCCCAGUAACCGGAGUUGCCGGGACACAAGCAGGAACCACCCGGGGAAUGGCGCUGCUGGAGAUUGCACCCCGUUUCAGCGACGAAGUGGUGAUGAAGACGCAGGCGUACGUGCUCGAAGUGUUGGCUCCCCCCACACCGUGCCAAAGCUUCAAGCCCAAGCAAUUGGAACUACUCCGAGGGCUCCAGCUAGCCGAUCCGGAGUACUACAAAGCGGGACCGGUAGACGUCAUCCUAGGCGCCGAGCUGUUCCUGCCGAUUCUACAAGCGGGCCAGGUCACAGACGAGGACGGUCUACCCGUGGCCCAGAAGUCAUCGCUCGGCUGGCUCGUCGCCGGCAAGUUCGGUGGUGAAACAAUGCUGCAAACAAAUCUGGUGUCCUUCACGGUGCAGCUGGAUGUCAACAUCGACCAGACGCUGCGCAAGUUUUGGGAAACCGAAGAAGUGCCUGCGGCCAAGGUACUCACUGCCGACGAGAAGCGCGCUGUUGACAUCUUCAAUACAACCACCAGGCGCAACGACGAGGGCCGAUUCGUGGUUCGGCUCCCCUUCGACGACUCCAAGCCGGCAUUGGGCGACUCGCUCGGUGCGGCACUCAGAAGGCUGCAUGCGAUGGAGCGGAAGUUCCUCUCGAAUCCGCCGUUCAAGCAAGCCUACCGCAACUUCAUGUCCGAGUACCAGCAACUGGGACACAUGGAGCUCAUCCCGCAAUCCGAAGUCGACAAGCACCCCAGCGAGUGCUUCUAUUUGCCUCACCACGCAGUCCAGAAGGAGGACAGUUCAACAACGAAGUUGCGUGUCGUCUUCGAUGGCUCGUGCAGAACCAGUUCUGGCGUGUCGUUGAACGACCGAUUGCUGAUUGGUCCAAACAACAACGAAGACCUGUACGACGUCUACUGCCGCUUCCGCACCUACCCCGUGGUCUUCGUGAGCGACAUCGAGAAGAUGUACAGGCAAGUACGGGUGGACAAGCAGGACACGGACUUCCAGCGGAUCGUCUGGCGCGAUGAUCCCGACCAACCGGUGCAGCACUACCGUCUGACGACGGUGACGUACGGCACAUCAAGCGCAGCCUACUUAGCGACCGAGUCUCUCCGACAAGCGGCCCGAGACAACGCUGAGAAGCACCCCGUAGCAGCUGACAGGAUCCUCAAAGGGUUCUACGUGGACGACCUGAUGUCCGGCGCUGACACAGUCGAAGAAGCUCAAGAGCUAGCUGGCCAGAUCACAACCAUCCUGGGCGAAGCUGGAUUCGUCCUCCGGAAGUGGUCCUCCAACGCACCCGAGCUGCUGGAGAACAUCGCAGACAGCCGACAGGGACCAGUCCCUGUUGAGUUCACGAACGUGACAGCGUCGGUCAAGGCACUUGGGAUUCACUGGUCUCCAACUAGUGACUGGUUCGAGUUCAAGGUCAACCUGGACAUCAACAGCCCGAACACGAAGCUGAUCGUCAAGAUCAAAAUCAUCUUCCAACUGCUGUGGCUGUACGACUUGCUGUGGGACGACCCGCUGCCACCCCUUCCCGAAGCAGAUUGGAACACCAUCAAACAAACGCUUCACCUGCUGGAGCGGAUUCGCGUGCCCCGCCGAAUUCCAGCCUUCAACGGCAAGUUGCAGCUGCUCGGAUUCUCGGACGCCUCGGAGUCGGCGUACUCAGCAGUCGUCUACGGUCGGUCUGCGGACCGCAACGGGAAAAUCCACAUCGUGCUGAUUUGCGUUAAAACCAAGGUUGCGCCAAUUCAGCAGAUCUGCGUCCCAAAGCUUGAACUCAACGGUUCCUGGCUGCUGGCCGCCCUGAUGAAGCGAGUCUCCCUCGCUUUGUGCCACCUCGAGCUGCAACACUUUGCCUUCACGGACUCGGCAAUCGUACUGGAAUGGAGCAUGUGGCACCAUGUGUCAUCGAAGGACAACCCGGCCGACUGUGCGUCGCGAGGGAUCUCGCCGCUCGAGCUGCUCAACCAUCCGCUGUGGUGGGACUCCCCCUACUGGGCCCACAGCGAGCAGUCGUUCUUGGAACACUGCGCAGCACCAGCACCGAAGGCACCACCCAUCGAAGAACGACAGAUUCGCACAUUCUGUCUGGAGAUUGGCUCCCAGCGUAGCAACUUCACCCUGGAGCGCUAUCUUCUCGAUCGAUUCUCCUCGCUACGCCGCUGCACUCGGACACUGGCGACGAUCCGACGGUUCCUGUUCAACCUGGCGCGACCGAAGGUGGAGCGCUUAACCGGACCGCUGACACCGGCGGAACUCAAGGUAGCUGGUCUACAACUCGUACGACUAGCACAACACGAAGCAUUUGCGAAGGAGAUUGCCUGCCUGCGCAAAUCGACCGAGGUUUCCAACAAGAGCAAGCUGCGCCCGCUCUUUCCGUUCAUCGACCGGGACGGAACACUGCGUGUCGGUGGAAGGCUGCAGAACGCCGACAUCCCCUACGACAUGAGACACCCGCCCAUUCUGCCGCAGCAGCACCGACUGACAACACUUGUCAUUCAAGACCUUCACCUGGACAACCUACACGCAGGGCCUACCUUGGUGAUCUCAACCCUCAACCAGAGUUUUUGGGUGAUGGGAUGCCAGACGGUCGUGCGACAACAACUGCAAAAGUGCAUCCGCUGCUGCCGAAUGAAAGCCAGAACCGCUCAGCAGCUGAUGGGAAGUCUUCCGGCAGUGCGAACAACGCCGGCCAGAGCAUUCGUCCACGUCGGAGUCGACUACGCAGGACCAAUCCUCGUCAAGAGCGGCAACCCAAGGAAACCACACGUGACAAAGGGCUACAUCGCAGUGUUCGUAUGUCUCUGUACGAAAGCUGUGCACUUGGAAGUCGCCGGCGACCUGUCCACGAAGGCGUUCUUCGGUGCACUCAAACGGUUCGUCGCCAGGAGAGGACUGUGCACCGAGAUAUGGUCCGACAACGGGACGAACUUCGUCGGAGCCGAUCGGCAGAUGCAGGAGUUUUUCGAAACCGACGAGUUCAAGCAACAAGCCGCCCACUUCGCUGCCAACAUUGGAGUAAAGUGGACCUUCAUUCCGCCUUCCGCACCCCACAUGGGAGGAUUGUGGGAAGCUGCGGUCAAGAGUGCGAAAACCCACCUGCGCAAGGUCCUGGGAAACGAGUCGGCCACCUACGAAGAGCUCUACACCAUCCUGACGCAAAUCGAGGCCUGCCUCAACUCGCGUCCGCUUUGCGCCAUCUCCAACUCUCCCGAUAGCUGCGAGGCCCUCACCCCCGGACACUUCAUCAUCCAGCAGCCGAUGAACCUCCUGCCAGAACCCAGCGUUUCGGACGUACCGCGCAACCGACUGGACAACUGGCAGCUCGUCCAGCAGAAGGUGGAAGAAAUCUGGACUCGUUGGCGCAACGAGUACGUGACGUCGCUGCAACCGCGCAGCAAGUGGCAAUCGGAGAUCGACAACCUGCAGGUCAACCGCUUGGUGCUGGUCAAGAACGAGAACACCCCGCCGGCCCAGUGGGAGUUGGCCAGAGUAGUUGCGACACACCCGGAUCGCAAUGGCAUCGUGCGGACCGUCACGCUGCGCAGAGGAACAACGGAGUACCAGAGACCGAUCCAGAAGUUGGUUCCACUACCGACUGAUUGA